UCUUUCUUAACUUGUGUAUUAAAAAUACAUGUUAAAAUAACUUUUAAAUAAUAUAUAGAAGCUUAAUUACUACUACAGAGGCAUUGGAAACACACAUGCUAUGUCAAUUGCCAUUUACGAUGAUUAUUAAAAUUAUUCAUAAGAGUAGUUAAUUGCUUGCUAUUCAUAUGUUUAUGAAUAAGAUAAGGCCACAUCAGAUUUAUUAGUUGAGAUUUAGAUCACUUAUAUUUUUAAUUUAGGAGGCAAAAUGUUUAAAUUGAAAAGAAACAAAUUUUUUUAUAAUUUAGGAGGAAAUGUAGUUGAGGGGUUGAGGAAGCAGUAAAAUAGUACAGAUGACAAGAUCUAAUGCAGUCUUGAUAUAGUCCUACUAAUGUGUCUUAUUUUUUUGAAGAAAUUAUUCAUAUUCUGUAACAGCUAGCGGGUGAAGUGAGAGAACAGUUUACAAAAUGUUUAUAAAAAGAAAGUUUUCAAAUUAUUCAACAUACAUUUAGCUCUAUACAUAACUUGUUAAAUUUUUAAUUUUCUAGUUCCAUAAAGAUUACUCUCUUUAGCUUUUAGAUUUCAUCUUCAACAUGAGAGAGCCUGAAAAUUCAGUGAGAGAGAAAAAUGCUAAGGUGAGAGUGAGGGAAAAACGCUAUCGCCUUUUGUUGUUGUGGUGGUGGUUUAAGUGGUGGAGCCGACUACCGACGUUUUAACUGUUGCCGACAUGGAUGUUGGAGAGAAGUGGCGGAUGUUGAGAUGCAGAUGUGCACAAGAUAAAACGGUGAUUAAUCAGCUCAGGUUCAGGCCGAUAGCACCGAAACCGGUGACUGGAGACUCAGGUUCAGGUGGGUCCCUGGUUGAUGACAAGAUCUCUUUGCUUUCUAGGCCAAGAUCUAAAAGAAAAUACGUUAGGGUUCGCAAAAAUAUUGGUCACACGCGGAGGACAACAAGAACACCAUCGGAACAGGAAAAAAAGAUAGUCACUUUGCAGUUAUUGCCUGAGAAAACUGAACUAAGUACGCCGGCGAGCGAUCUCAAUCGUCCAGUGGGUACUAACACUAGUGCAGUGAUUGCAGAGAGUAUACAUCAACAGCCGCCGGUGUGGUUAAACUGUCAUAACCAUUUGAUUUAUGAUACAUGUGCUGUUCAAAGUCCGGAUCGGAUGGCGAUGGUAAAAAGGGGGGUAGUGGAGUCGUGGGUGACGGUGGAGAUCGUGACGGACAGUACAUGCAUGGAAGCAAGAGCGCUGGGGUGUACGGACAUGGACAGGAUGAAGAAUCUGGAGGCGGACACGUGUCCUGGGUUCAUAUCUGACGGUUUAAACAGAGUGCAGUGGGUGAAUACGGCGUACAGGAGGAUGCUGACGGCGACGGAAGGAAAUGACGGUCGGUCACCGGAGAUAAGGGUAUGGUUGGUGUUAAGGGAGCGACUUCCAUACUUGAGCGCGGCAUUUUCAUGCUGGGUGAUGAUACAGUACACGUGGCAGAAGGAGAAGUGGUCAAGAACCGUUCCAUGUGAUGUUUGGAGAAUGGACAGCGGGGGUUUUGCAUGGCGGCUAGACGUGGAGGCUGCACUCAGUUUGGGACGUUAAAACACAUCCCAAAAAGAUCGAAACCCAGAAGGAAAAUAAUCAGGUAACAUGGGCACUCAUAUUGUUUUCCUUAGUUACCAUAAACAGAAAAAUCAGGGAAAAAAAAAAAGCUUAAUCAAAUGUGUUUGGCAAUCUUCUGCGGGAAAAUUGGGAAAAGGUUUUAAAGGAUGUGAUGAUUUUUUUUUCUUUCACCUAAUGAAAAUGAGAUUCUUUAGGAAUCUCAAACAAUUUAUUAGUUAGGGGAAUAAUGAUUAAAGAAAAUUUUGAAAG